CGAGGGCACCGCGGCAGCCGCCACGGGCCCGGCAGCGUGGGGGAGUUCCGGUGCCCGGAGAUCUGAGCGGAGGGUCCGGCUCCCCUCCCGCCUCCCGAGGCGGCGCGGCUGGUGCUACGGGGGCGCGAUCUGGGGGCCGCCGCCGCCCCCACGUUGAGAGGCGGGCGGGGGCGACUACGGGAGCCGGCGCGGCCCAGCAGCGGUGGCGGCGGCGUUUCCCGGCGUGCCCCGCGGCGGAUUGUACACAAUCAUCAUGGCUGCCGCCGCUGCCGCCGCCGCCGAUGGUGCCGAGGAGCCGGGUAUGGAGGCGGAGGCGCCGGAGCUGCCGCUGGGCUGCGGCGGAGCGGGCGGCUCGCCGGCGGCGGGGCGGUCUCCGGACGGCGAGGAGCGCCGGGAGCCCCCGCAGGCGUCUGUCAGCAACGGCGGCGACGAGGACGGCGGCAGGGAGCUGGUGGAGCUGAAGGUGAUCUGGAACAAGAACAAGUACGACGUGAAGUUCUGCCUGGACAGCACGGGAGCCGAGCUGAAGCAGAAGAUCCACUCGCUCACAGGCCUCCCGCCGGCCAUGCAGAAAGUGAUGUUCAAGGGACUGCUGCCCGAGGAGAAAACGUUGCGGGAAAUCAAAGUAACAAAUGGAGCGAAAAUAAUGGUUGUGGGCUCUACCAUCAACGAUGUGUUAGCAGUUAAUACACCCAAAGAAGCUGCUCAACAGGACGUCAAAGCUGAGGAAAACAAAAAGGAGCCACUUUGCAGACAAAAGCAACACAGAAAAGUGUUGGACAAAGGAAAACCUGACGACGUGAUGCCUUCUGUCAAAGGCGUGCAGGAGCGGCUGCCCACGGUGCCGCUGUCCGGCAUGUACAACAAGUCAGGGGGGAAAGUCAGGCUGACCUUCAAACUCGAGCAAGACCAGCUGUGGAUUGGUACAAAAGAGAGAACAGAAAAGUUACCCAUGGGGUCCAUUAAAAAUGUGGUGAGUGAACCUAUUGAAGGCCAUGAGGAUUAUCACAUGAUGGCAUUUCAGCUGGGCCCAACAGAAGCAUCUUACUACUGGGUCUAUUGGGUCCCAACUCAGUAUGUCGAUGCAAUCAAAGACACGGUGCUGGGGAAGUGGCAGUAUUUUUGAAAGCACGCUCACCUCUGGCACAGGAAAAUGACACAAAUCUAAGGACACUGCUGGGAGAGGCCUCCAACAUCCCUGGAUGUGACAGUCCUGGAACUUAUUAUUAAAACAUGCUAAACGAGGCAUGGAUGGAAGCCAGAGGUGAUGUUCUUUCACCAUUAGUUUACUUUUAACUUAAAAUUUCACCAUCCCUUUUCUGCAGUCAGCUUCAACCAUAUUUAAAGCAAAUACAAUGGAAAUCAAUAAAUUUUAAUUCACAAAAUAUCGUGUGUAAUACACUUAAAUCUGCUGACAGUUGAUCUUCCAGUUUAGUUUUAAAAAGAAACUAUUACAAUGUAUUAUUGAGGCUUUUUUACAUGGUUUGAUCAAAACCAAAUAUUUUCAUAAUCUCUCAGUUAUCAGCAUUAGACUUACUUUAGUUACUUGGUUGUGACUGGGACUUUGAGGGGCAGAUUUUUAAGAACUAACUGUAGCAGAGCACAGCGUUGCUGUUCGGUGAAGCCAUAUCCCGCUGGCCCUCCAGGGCAGCUUCCACUCCUUGGUAGCAGAACUAAUUCUUUGUUUUAACCCAAAGAUGCCCUGCUGGUUUGGGAUUUUUCCUGGCCUUUUCCCGAGUCUGGCAGCUCCAGGUUGGUCUGUGUAGCAUGUUUGGAGCAGGUGAAUUCUGCAGGGAUGUUUUGUCGAGGCAGGUGACCCAGUGCUGCCAGCUGCUCCCUCCUGUGCCCAGUCAGUGCUUCACUCCUGCCCUGGGCUGCUGCAUUUUGGGAGCAUUUUCUUGCUCGUGCAUGUUGCAGUCCAGGAUCAUUCUGCAGCUGCUGUGUUGACACUGAGCUGUUGGACUGGAACACCCUUGUGCUGCUGGUGUGGGCAGGGGGACACAGUGACAUGGAUGGAAACACCGUAACGCUGCCUGGAGGGAGCAGGGGGACACAGAUCUCCCAAAGGGAGGGAACCACAGAGACCUUCCUGCUCUGUUUGGGGUGGAGGCAGUAAGGAAGAGAGAGGCUUAGAUGCUGUUUUGGAUUCUUAAUAACAGCAGCAGUCUUUUGUGAGCUGGAUUUGAAAAUUUGUAGUGAUCGAAUUCAGUGAAUCGUACUUUAGAUUUACCAUCCAGCAAGGAAUGUUUUGAAAUGUAAACCACCUUCCAGCUUUUCUCCUGUUCCAGUUCACAAGAAGCCCUCACACCUCAUUCUGUCAGAAGGAACGUGCUGUGCCUGGGGCUGUGGUGCUCUGUGUGUAAUGCCAGCCAUCCACGUGCCAUUUCUCUCAGGUGUUCUGAACGGAGCCCUCAGCCCUGCACAGGUGCAAAGCCCAUAGCAGGUGGCAUUGUGCAGCCAGACUGGAGCAGCUCACACAUCCCUGCUCUGCUUCAGCACUGGGGCUCUGUGCUGCUCCAUGCCAGUGGCUCAAAGCCAUGCAGAAAUAGCCUUUUAACAACAGCUAAUCUGAAUAUGCUCCAUGUCCACUCUUCCCUCUCCUUGAGGGAAGAGCCCAGUUGAAGCACAGCAGUGCAAAUUCCCAAAUGAGUAUUUAUGUUACUUUUAUUUUACUUGAGAGACUGGAAAACACAUUGGCUUUCUGGUAGGUGUUGAGGUCACAGAUUUCCCUGUAGCCUCUAGAUAGCAGCUUUUAGUUUGUAUUUUCUGUUUGAGCAGCCACGCUGUGAGUUUUAAAGGUGUUUCAUAUCCUACAUAAAAACUAGUGAUGUGCUUGUUACUCCUGUAGCUUGGGGUAUUUCCUUUCUGUGUACAAGCCUGUAGCAGUGUGUUCUGACAUGUGUGGCUGGGGCCAGGAGAGCUGUGUCAGCUCCCUUGGCAGUCCCCUGGAGCAGUGGGGGCAGAGAGGAGCUGGCCUGCCUUUGCUGGUGGCAGUGUCAUGGAUGAAACACAGCCAUCACACUUGUGAUUUCCUAGUUGUCAGUCCUGGGGUUUAAUUGGCUGAAAUUGACAACUUGUUACCUGUGAAAGGUGUGGGCACUAGAAGGAUAAAGCAAAGGGGUGACGCUGGCUCUUUCUGUCACCUGGGGCCACGUUGGCACUUGCCACCUUGCUGGUUCUGUGAUGAUCAGCUCCCAUUUGUUCCUCAAUGUGCUCAGACCUGUCUGUGCAUCUGUUUGUGUUCCGUUUCCUUUCCUGUUCCUUCACCCCGUUGCUCCUGGGGAGGGCAGGAGCAGUUGUGGUGCCCUGGUGCCCGAGUUCCAGCUCCUCCCCAGCUCCUGUGGCUUCUGUGCAGGACGCAGCGACCGGGUGAGUAACUCUGGGGCGAGUGGGGACAGGCACUGACCACUGCUGGGGCACAGGGCAGCCUCACACCCCGUGCCAGGGGCACAGCUGCUCUGUCCUGGGCCACCUACAGCCCCGCAGCUCCAAGGAGACUCAGCACAAACCCUUUGGUUACAAACAAAUUUUAAACAUGAAGAAAAUACUAUACACUAAGAAAAUGUGAUUCUGUUUAGGUGCUUCCUUGCAGGUUGGAUCUGAUUGGAAAAAUGAAGUUGUCUCAUUUUUUUGUUCCACGUGCAAAAUUUGAAUUAAAAUACAGGAAAGUGACUUAUAAAUGCUUUAGUUGGUGUUUGUUGGCUCAAUAGCCCAGGCUUCUUGGGACCACUUUGAAAUGAGUAUUCUAGUUGAAAUUAGCAGUGCUGCUUUCAAGAUCCUUUCUCUUUGGGAAUGAUGUGGAGUUGGGUAUGUUCUGCCAUACACCAGUUUUUCCAAGGCAGUUACUGACAUUAAGAAACACCCUCUUUUUAGUGGGAUAGUGCCACAGUUGCCUCAGCCAUUGCCUGCCUCUCUCAGCUUUGGAUUUUGCUCUCUGGUCACUGUGAUCAUUCCAAGGCAGACUCAGCAUAACCAGUGAUCCCAGGGAGGAGUUUGGUCCUCAGUGAGACAUGGUGUGUGGGUAAAUUGUGAGUACACUUGGAACCUGGAGUUGGUGAUAAAGAUGGUUCUGAGAUCUGGCAUACAUUCUGUGGGCAGUUACCAGUACCAGCUGCACAGAGGUGCAUUUCUGUUAAGUUUCAAUCUACCCAGGGUGUUCUCAGCAGCCGCUGCUUCCUGCUGUGUGUAGGAGGAAGCACCCUGGGGUCCACUCCAUAUGAGGUUGCACUGAGUGUUUUCUGGGCUUGCUAAUUGCAGAUUAAAGUGUGGCAAAUGCAGGUCCCUGCAGGACACAGCUGGUAUUUGCUGUUGGCUGCUCCCAGAGCCCAGGCAGUGUCCCCUCGUUGGUGCCAUCUUGGCAUUCUUCCUGCCAGUCCCCCAGCUCCUUCCCUGCCUUGUCCAUGACACUGGGUAUCACAGCUCACCUGUGUGCCAUCCCUUCCCCCUCUCCGUGCCCAGCACUGCAGGUUUCUCCUCCUCUGCUUGUCCCAAGUUCAGUAUCCUUUCCUCCCUUGGUGCAACCCAAGUAUAAGCAGUCCCAGGAUCACUGCUUCCUCGGGAAUGCAGAAGUGUUAUUGCUCAGCCUGGAUGGGGUUUGAACAGAGACUGUCUUGCAUGAAGAGCUUGUGUUACUCACGUGGUUUCAUACCAAGUUUAAAGUAAAUUAUUAAUUUCCAUUAAUGACUUUGAUGAGGAAUGUGUAACUAUAGUCAGGGUGUUCUGGUGAUGGAAGAGAGGGAUCUGGAUUCAAAGGAGAUAAACUCACCACCACCACACCGUGCUGGUGCCACACACCCUGCCCAGCUUGCACCUGUUGGCUGGUGCCCACUGCUCCAUGCUCUAAGGGCCAAAGAGAAACGAUUCCCUGCUGCUCCAUGCCCAGGUGCCACGGUGGGGUCUGCUCUGCACCCUGCCCACAGCCACGGUCCUGACCCCUGCCUUGGGCACAGCACUCCCUGUCCCGUCCUCGCAGGGCUUGUUUCCAGACUCCCCUUUGUUUACUUUUCUUCCUUUGUAACUUGGUUUUUCCAGUGGAGCCGUUUUCACCCUCAGUUCUGUCCAGCACCUCUCCCCACCUGUUAGGAUGAGGCUGCUGGCAUCUUGUUUUGUUAGUGAGUGUCCUUGUCACCGGAGGGGAGCGGGGGACCAGGAGAGUUUAGCAAGGUUUGUAUGAAAUGUGGCCAUUUUACCUUCUAGCCAAGGAUUCGCCUUGGUAGCUCAUGGAAGUUCACUCUGUCUUAUCCAUACUCAAAGCGAUUAAUUCUUUGGUUUUAUAUUUAAAAAAAAAACUUAGAUAUUUGUGUCCACUGCAGAUUUAUUUUAAAUGGAAUAUGUGAGUACCAUGUAUUAUGGUAUUUUUAAAUAAUCUAUUGCCUAUUUUGGGGGGGAGGGAGAUGACAAAUAUUUAGUCUUAGAUUUGCACUGCUGGAUUUUUUUAAGUGUAACCUUGACUGGUUAUCCUGGUGUUUUAUUCUGUAAGAUUAGUCUUAUGAAUUAAAGUUUGAUAAUUAAGUA